ACAGAAUAUGUUCUGGCUUUAAUCGUUAAAAUUGUGUGGGCUUCACUACAGCGUUAAAACAUGUUUUCAGACAGACAUCUCGGCAGCACUCAGGUAAAUUAUGUUAGUGAAUGUAUUAACAUAGUAAAUAUAAGGUGUACACAUUGGACAUAAUGAUAUUUGAUAAAUAAAUUUGAGUAUCAUCUAUGUUAUUAAUCAUUCUCGAUUUAAAAAAAAAGAGAACAUUUCACUUUUUUGUAAUAUUUUAAUAACAUAUGUAUAACGCUGAACUAUUCUAUUUUUAUACCGUCUUUAAAAUAAAUCAUUAUAACAAUAACUUUAUUAAAUAAUUAAAAUAAAGUUUGGCUCAAGUAAAAUUAGCAGGCACGCUCUUCAAUAGCACACUCCAUAUAAUCUUCCCGAUGUGAUGGCUGCAUGGAUCGAUAUCCUAGGGCGAAGGCCAUUCACAACAUGGCGGGUGAACAAUUGGACUUGGGACAACAAGGAGGGUGGGUGGUGGGUGAGGAUGUUCUCAUUUUCCUAACAUUUUACAAGAUGCUUUAAAAAUGUAUUUUCUAAGUUAAAAAGGAAUAUACCAUUAAUGAAGAUGGAAGCAUGACACAAUUAACAAGGGUGAUUCGCGUGUGAAAGACGAACACAAAAUGAAACAAUAAUGAGUUAUGUAUAUUGUAGUCCCUCGGGUAAGUGUCAUCAAAAGAAUUCAUGGACAGUUAAGUGUACGUUUAUUUAAUUGUUUUAAUAGUGUUAUAGUUGCAUUUUGAUUAGUGGCCUGGGAGCCUUAUGGUUCCAUUUUGUGAUACAAUGUUAGAGGGCUGUUGUUGUUGUUUUUUUCUAUCCAACACUACACAAAGUUUGUGCUCUUACUAACAUUAUAUUAUCAUAACAGUAUAUGAAUUUAUUUCAGUAAUGCCUACAAUUAAUUGAAAGGCUUGUAGGUUUUUGUCUGUUUGCCUAUGUUUUCCACAGUUAAAACGUUGUAAUCUCUUAUAUGAGGAAACUUAUUUUAUAUGUUCUAAGAUCUGUUUGGAGCAGUUGAAUCAUUUUAGGUUUUGUUAUCUUAAGCCUUGAAGUUUAAUCGACUGAACCAAUACAAUAUUUUUGUAUUUCACAAACUCUUUGCUCUUACUGAUAAAAAAGGACUCUGUUUAGUCAUUGUAUAUAUGAUAGUAAGAAAAAGCCGGGGGCUGGAAUUGGGACUGGAGUAAGGGACUGUAGGAAGGACUGGGGUCAGUGAAUUGAGUGGAAGACUGGAAUUGCGGACUAGAGUUGGAGAUGGAGUGGGGGACUUUAGGAGAGAUUGGAGUCGAAGACGGAGUGGGGGACUGGAGUUGGAGACUUCAGUGGGGGACUUUAGGAGAGACUGGAGUCAGAGACGGAGUGGGGGACUGGAGUUGGAGACUUUAGUGGGGGACUUUAGGGGAGACUGGAGUCGGAGACGGAAUGGGGGACUGGAGUUGGAGACUUUAGGGGGGGACGUUAGGAGAGACUGGAGUCGGAGACGGAAUGGGGGAGGGACUUUAGGAGAGACUGGAGUCAGAGACGGAGUGGGGGACUGGAGUUGGAGACUUUAGUGGGGGACUUUAGGGGAGACUGGAGUCGGAGACGGAAUGGGGGACUGGAGUUGGAGACUUUAGUGGGGGACUUUAGGAGAGACUGGAGUCGGAGACGGAAUGGGGGACAGAAGUGGGGGACUGGUGUUAGGGUAGUGGAGAGGGGGGCUGUAUUUAGGGAAUUGAGUGUGGGAGCGGAGUGGGAGACUGGAGUGGAGGGCUGGGUUGGGGGACUGUAGUGUGAGAUUGAAGUGGGGGGAAUGGAGUGGGAACUUGUGUGGUGGACUGUAGCGGGAGACUGGAGUGGGGGAGAGGAGUAGGGGACUGAUGUGGGGGACAGGGUUAUGGGACUGUAGAAAGAACAGGAGUGGGGGGCUGUAGGGGGAAACGGAGUGUGUGACUGAAGCAGGGGACUGCAGUAACGGACUGAUGUGGGGGACUUAAGUGUGGGACUGGAGUGGGGGACUUAAAUGGGGGACUGGAGUGGGGGACUGUAGAAAGGACUGGAGUGGGGUGACUGGUGUGGGGGACCGGAGUGUGACACUUGAAUGGAGGAUGGAGUGUGGGACUUGAGUGGGGACUUGAGUGCAGACUGAACUGGGUGACUGGAGUUUGAGAUGGGAGUGGGGAAAUGAAGUGGGUGACUGUAUUCUGAGACUUGAAUGGGAAACAGGAGUGGUGGACUGGAGUGAGACACUGUUGUAGAGGACUGUAGUGAGAGAAUGUAAUGGGAAACUGAAGUUAGGGACUAUAGUGGGGGCCUUGAGUGGGGGACUGGAGUGGCCAUACGGGAUGGGAUAAUAUUCAAUAGGGGGAUUUUUAUUUUCUUUGAGACAAGAUAUUUGUUGACAGCCCAGGUCACAGACAACAGUAUAAUUAUGCGGUUAUAAAAUGAACGAUGGAUUGUGUAUAAAAAUCUAAUAUUACAUUUGAACAAGAUAGUGAUUAAACGUUUAAAGAUAUAAAUAGAUUAAGCCCAUAAAAUAUAAAGUUUCUUUAAUAUAUGAAAUUUAUGUCUAUAUAUGUGUAAUGUGUAAGCGAUCAGUCGUCGUUUUUAGGUCACGUGGUUAAGAAAACAACUGAAGUUCAGACGGAUCGGCGAUGAAGUGACAAGCAAUGCUAUCCUUAAUGGAUUAACAUUUUCUUUUGGUUUUUAUCUAUUUUUUUAUAAUUAGUUAACCAUUUGUAUCAACAGUUACAUUUGUGUCAGAGUUAGGUUUUAAAGCAGAAAUACACUCUUUUUUUAUUGUGUAGUAUUUUGAAAGAUGUUGUGGUCCAAGUAUUAAUAUUUUAACCUUUUGCUUUACAAGAUAAUCAGGUUCUCUAGAAGCAUGUGAUAUACUGGUGAUUUAAUCAAAUUUGGUUUCUGCUCCUGACGUGAAGUCUUUUCGUCAUUCGUUUUCUUGUUUAGCAUACACUGUUAGUGGAGAUGAAAUACUUGAGUAUUAUUUCAAUGUGUUGUUCGUCCGUCGAGGAUCGACGAUGACCAUCGAGUCGUCCGGUGGCUGAUGACUUGCGUGGGUGACUUUUGUUUAAAGUGAGGAAGAGUUGCGCGGCGUCAACCUCACUCUCUCGUCGGGCCCACCAUAUCCAGUGGCAAGACUCUACGUCAAGACGACCAGGGAUGGGUACGGUUGCAGGAAUUGUCAUUGUUUGCGCCUUACAACUCCAACUCCGGGUUUGAAUUUAGAGUUUCCUUCUCUUAGAUGAGUUGCCGACCAAGGUUAACGAGUCUCAUCCAUCUGGGGCUAUGUUUUUGCUUGACCGGCCCUUGGCUGGAAAGAAGCAAAGAUUGCAAAAAUACCACUGACAUUAACAAAUUAGGAAUACUGAGUUUAUAAUAAUGAAAUAACUCUAUUGAAAAGCAGCAUACAAAAUAUAUAGUAUUAUCUUUACAAAACAAACUCAUAAAAUAUUUUUUUUUCAGGAUUCAAGAAUGGAUGCAUUGCUAAAACGAAUGGAAGGCUUCCCUUGCACGUUUAAUCUAGAAGGCCGACCCCCAAAUAGACAGCGGCUUCAACACAUGAAAAACAACGUCUCAACAGACAAACCUGUGGGGAAAUACGCAACAACUCAGCGCAUACGGAACAAAAAUAUUUUAACUUGGCUGGAGUAUAAACUUGACCCAGAAGAUAACAAGGCCAAACAAAUCAACCAGGAAGUGAUCACAGAAACGGAAGGGCUCAACAUUUCAGCAUUGGGCAACCGUGUGUUUAUAUUAUCGCAUGAAAGCAAUGAAAUUGACGCAAGCGACUACUUGAAAGAACUGGAAGGUAUGAAGUAUCGUCCAGAUUUUCAGGAUUUGAUAACAGAAGCCAAGGCCGAGCAGGCGUAUUAUUACAGCCGCAUGGGAGGAUUUAACAACUGUGACAUGUCACUGAAGUUGUUUAAAUAUGUGGUUCAACUCCGCCCUGACAAUCACUUGUGGAAGUUCGGACUCGGUCUCAUGCACAGACGGAUGACUAAUUUUAAUGUUUCCUACUCGUUGGUCAAUCAAUCGAACACGGCCGAAAAUAUCAGACGGGCCAAGGACUGCCUGCUGGAUGUCACAGAGAGUGAUGACGAUGAGCUCCAGGCGUUAGCUUACACUCAGUUGAUCAUUCUCUUCUAUACAUACUCUACUUCACAUGAAGGACAAUGUUUUCAAGGCUUUGACAUUCUAAGUUUGUGUGAGAAAGCUUUAGAGAAAGGAGGUGAAAAUUCAACAGUUUUAUCGCAUUGUGGACGGGUUUUCAUGAAAUACGAUAUUGACAGAGCUAUUGUAUUAUUAGAAAAAGCUCUAUCAAAAAGACAAAACACAAUUUCGUAUCACAAUUUGGGACAAUGCUUUGAAAGAAAAGCCGAGUUAAUUUGCAUAUCAGGAAAUGAAAAUUUGGAGGGUAAGACUAUGGAUCAGGAGCUACAAUGUAAAACUGUGUCAGAAUCUAAACCAUCUGAAGAACAACUACAAUCUUUCGACAUUGAUCAUACUAUCGUAUUGAAGAGACAUCUGAUGAGUAGCAAAGCUAACCUCGACGAGGGCAGUGAUUUUGUUAAAAAAUCAGAAGAUAUGUAUCAAAAAGCGAUAACCAUCUCAAAGAACGAAAAUGUCCCGGCAAUGCUUAGCCUGGGUAAGCUUUAUGCAAGAUUAAAUCGUUUCAAAGAAGCCCUCCAGAAAUUCAGACAGAUUAUUAAUCUCGAUCAAACAAAGAGGAGCUACUUGAUUACUUUGAUCACGGCCUAUGAAGGGGCGGGAAAAUGUUUGCUGGAGCUCAGUAAAAUGCAUCAGGAGAAGAGUCAUGAGUUCUAUGAACAAGGAAAAGAAUACCUCACAAAGGCAACAAGUCUCGCUGCUGAUUUGGCGUGCAUCAAAUCAGGUCCAAGGCAUUGUGAAACGAGUGUAUGGGAAUCGUUUGAAAUAUUGAAGGAAGACAUCUACCGUAUGGAUGAAUGCAAAGCUAAGGGAAAGGAAUAUGUCAAUCUACUAGGUCUAAUAAAAGAUAACAGGGGCGUAGUAACUGCAAUUGAAGAUAUUUUGAAAUCUGAGACAAAGUUGGAUGACCCGGAAAUGGUUUUAUGGGCGGUGAAUAGUUACUUGGAGAUUGGAGAGUAUGAAAAUGCCUUGACCUUUGUUAACAUUGUCUCAUUAUUUGCUUCUGGGAUAAGUUUGAAAGAUAAGGAAAACACGGAACCAGAGGGUUCUAAAAUUAAAAUCCUUAAGGACGCCUUUACAAAAGUUUUUUUGCUUGUUGCUUGGGAACGUUUGGACAAGAAAUCACUAGAUGCUAAACUAAUGUUUCAAAAGUCAUUCGCCAUUAACUAUGGAGUGGGAACAGAUCAUUUCUCGGAAAAUGAAGAAGAUUUUGCAGCUGUCAUUCUUAUCGUUAGUGACUAUGAAAUUGAUUGUGAAGAAGGUCUCGGUCAGUCUACCAAAUUUUCCAUAUACUUGCAACACAUUCUUUCUGAUGUUUUUGGAUUAAAAACAUUUCUGAACCUUGAGGUAGGGAUAUAUAAUUAUUAAAUAUCUACAUAUUUUAAUUCAAAUAAUUGUUCUUUGGAUCAUUUGAAUUCUAGAGGUAAAAUCAAAUCAGAGGCACAUUUUGAUAUAAAAUGCAACUUAAAUUUCUAAGAGUAAAUCGAUCUUUAUUAUUGGUUAUAUUUUUUUAAGCAUUCAUUUUUUAAACUAAUUUUCACUUAAAUCCAUCAAAAUGCAUAUCUUUUCUUUGUGAAGGGAAGUGAUGAAUACGGCUGCUCCGAAGACGUUCUUCGGCUAAGUGAGGUAAAGAAAUAUCCCAUUCUUCUCUUGAUGUUGGCAGACGGAGAAAGGUAAUGUUAAUUUCUAUUUUUGAAUUGGGCAAAAAAAAAUAAUAAAUUUGAAAUAUAUAUUAUUUAAAUUAAUUUAGAUAAUAACAUUUCAAAAUAUUUAAAUCGGCCAAAUUUGAUUAAAGAUCUCAAGAAAAAAAGAUUUUUUUAAAAAUGAAACUUUAAUCUUAAGAUAAAAUUUAUUUUUAACGUAUUAUUUUCAGGGGACCAUUCUUUGACUACAUUCUUUCCAUACUUCAUCAAAUAAAGGACGACUUUGAUAAGCCACUAAACUGGUUUAUCAUUCAAUCCAAUGAAAACAUCCGACUUCCUGACACCUUACUUCACUGCAAUGAGCGACGCUUGACUUUGAGUGAGGACAAUCCAAUUUUAUCGAAUGCAAACAGUUCGUGUAGCUCCUAUGAUCUUAACAGAUGUGAAACUGAGAAGGCGUGCACUCUACCCAAUGACAUCGAUUGUGAACGCCUUAUGGAAAUGUUUUGUUUUUUGCUUCGUUUGGAUUUUAAAAACGUUCGUGACGUGUACAUUCAAAGUAAAAACUUCGUCUCGGAUGAAUCUUGAACAAAACAAUGUUCAUAUUGAUCAUGACUUGAGCCAAGCUUCUCUUAAAUACACAUACAUUUUUAAUUAAACCACGACAAUUUAAAUGCUAAUAAAAUAUGUAGCAUACAUAUGCCAUAUGUCUACACUUUAUGAUAGUUAAAACGAAGCACGCGUUUAAAAUGCAGAGAUUACGUCAACCAAUGUACCACAGGUUACUCAAAUUUAAAUCCCUCUUUAAAUGAAACAACCCUUAAAAUCAAUUUGUUCGUAUAAACCUCUCAAUAAAAUUAAGUAUCUUGGAGAUGGGGCUGAAAAUUGAACAAAAAUGCAUACAAGUAACGCACUUGAUAAGAAUCCCAAUUAGUGGUUUCUCUCCCCCCCCCUCCAUACCCAAUGGUCCACAGCCUACAUUUUGCCCCGCCCCUGAACUAUAUUAAUUUUUUUCUAAUGACCCACGCGUUUUUAACUGCAGCUAUAUUUCACCAACUGUAUCGGUAAACCAAAGAUUAUAUCACGCAUCAACGCACUUGCGAUAUUUGUGUUUUAAAAAUCGUAUUUAUGCAGUUAUGGGUUAUUUCAUUUCAUGAAAUUAGAGUCAUCAUAGUUCCUUCGUCUUGAUCUUGAAAAACAAGAAAACGGCUUUUUUUCGGGUUUGGAUUCUGGGGAGGGACUGAAAAUUUAUUAGAUUGUGUUGUCAUCGGCAAUGGACCGUUGGAAGAUUUGGCCAGCCAGCGUCCAAGCAAAACGAAGUUAAUAUAAAUGAUUAAAAAGAAAUUCAUUUUCAAAAUGUUUUCCAUUAAUGUUUGUCUAUUUUAUAGUUUAUAUAGUUUACGUUAUAAAUAUCGAUCUUACUUUGAGAUUCUAAUUAUGGGAAGUCGUUAAAUUCCAAAGUUUAUAUAGCUUACGUUAUAAAUAUCGACCUCACUUCGAGAUUCUAAUUAUGAGAUUUCGUUAAAUUCCAAAGUUCAGACCUAAGAUGUUAACUUGAUAUUUUUAUUUAAAAAAAAAAAAAUGUUUCUGUGUUUCUAGCCGGAAAUUUCAAAUUUCAAUUGUCUGCCCCUUUGUCUGGUAGGGUUAGGCAGAGUCGAAGAGUAUAGUAAACGAAAUCAGAAUCUUGAUCUGCCUUUUUCAUAUAUCUGGUAUGCUGUAAAUAUCCUUUACAGCUAUGACACUUUCUCUAAUCUCUUACAAUUUUAUUUGUUGAAACAUGGAUCGAAUUGGGAAAAUAAUUUUUAUAGACCAGUGCAAAAAUAAGUGUAAAAAAAAGAUAAUGUUUUUGUGUACAAAAUAUAUCGUUAGUCAAUGUAACUCUUGUUUAAAAUGCUG